UUUCCUUAAUUAAAACCCUUCUUGGUGGGGUCUGAUCUAAUUUCUCUAACCUAAUCAACCUUCCCACAAAGCACACACGACAACGGAUUCCCAGGACGAGCAUCAAUGGGCUGAGUUACGGGAACCCAUUCUCGACACCUCUUUGGUAAAUGCACCCGCCCCUUCAGGCAUGCUUGCAUCUAGCAGUGAGGUGAGCUCCCGACUAGAGAAGGUGCUGACAGAUCCCGACCUGCCGUGGAUGAAGCGCUUGAUGUCGGCCACAUGGAUAGAGAUGGCGUUGCUCUCACGACUGGCGCCACCGGCUAUGUUUGUCAGCAUGGUUAACAACUUCUUGACCCUUUCCACCACUAUGUUCGCGGGCCACCUUGGCUCCCUAGAACUCGCCGCUGCCUCUCUCGGCAACAGUGGCAUGCAAUUUUUCGCCUUGGGCCUUAUGCUCGGGAUGGGAAGUGCAAUGGAGACAUUGUGCAGGCAAGCGUAUGGAGCCCAUCGGUAUGAUAUGCUAGGGAUAUACCUGCAGAGGGCAAUAAUCGUGCUCGCGGCCACUGGAAUCCCGGUCACGGCCAUCUACGCUCUUUCAAAGCCUAUCCUCCUCCACCUUGGGCAAUCCUCUGCAGUGGCCACAGCUGCAGCCGUCUACGUGUCCGGCCUCAUCCCCCAGAUCUUCGGGUACGCCACAAACUACCCAAUUCAGGAGUUCCUCCAGGUACAGAGCAUCAUGGCGCCAAGCGCAUUUAUUUCGGCUGCCACGCUCGGGAUCCACCUGCUUCUGAGCUGGGCAGCCGUGUACAAGCUGCGCUUGGGCCUGGCUGGAGCUUCACUCGUCCUCGGCCUCUCGUGGUGGAUCAUGGCAGCAGCACAAUUUGUGUACAUUGUUGCCAGCAGGCGAUGCAGGGAGACAUGGCAAGGGUUCAGCCUGCAGGCCUUCACUGGGCUAUGGGAGUUCGUGAAAUUGUCGGCUUCGUGGGCGAUGAUGCUCUGCCUAAAGACUUGGUACUAUCAAGUUGUUGUUCUCAUCGCCGGCCUGCUCCCGGAGCCCGAGCUUGCCCUAGACUCCCUCGCCGUCUGGAACGGUCUGCCAAGGAUCAUGGGCACCUCUCUGUCCUCCUCCAUCUCCAAGACUAUGAAGUCGACUGGAAAUAUGAAUUUGUCUACCUUCACCAGGACAUUCUCAACAAUACCCUUUGGAUAUUUGAUACUCCUGUCAGCAAGUUGCAAGCUUGGGGAUACUGGGACUGUUAAUGGGGUCUCCUACGGGGUUCAAAACAGCUGUAAGCUUGGGGAUACUGGGACUGUUAAUGGGGUCUCCUACGGGCUCAAAACAGUUGUAAGGCUGAUUCGGUUAGAGAUUGGCAAGAGACAGAGGCCGAAUUCCAUGCGCAAUUUUAUAGCACUCAACCCGAGGUUACCCUAGUCGACUUGGUGAGGUUCGUGCAAGGACCGAAAGAGAGAGAGUUGAGGAUUAUAUCGCUCGAUUCAAAAUAAUAAAGCAAAGGUGCAGGACUUUCCUCCUAGAUACAAGAAAAGAUUAUGUUAUCUACCUCGCCUCGGCCUUCAUGGGAGAGUGGGUCCCAACGUAUUGAUCAGCCGUGAUCUGUGGAAAAAUGGACUCCCAAAUGGACUCCACAGAGCAGCGGCGUGCCUAGAAGUCGAGAUAGUGAGAGGUAAGUCGAGGCUGAGGUGACUCUGAGGAGUUCGAGUUCGAAAGGUAAGGGUAAUGGGUUAGAAAUUGAGCUUAUUAAGGACUCUUUGUGUUGCCUAAAGGCUCGGGAUAUAAAACCUCCAGUUCAGCCCAUAUCCAAGGGAGUACAACACGUUGGUUCAAGCUCACAAAAGGGAACACUCAUCUAUACUCCAAGCGUUCGAGAGUUGAAGUAAUUCGAGCAUGAGGCCAAGAGUGUUUUGUCCAAAGCUGAGGUUGCACCUCCAAGCAAUGCAAGGGGGGUCGAGCGCGAAUUCAGUGGUCCAGAAGAGCUAAACCGAGCUUCCCAUGAGAUUUUCUCCAAUGAUCAACCCCGAACAGAGUUGCAAGUCAAGGAGAGGUCUGUCCUUCGCGAGCCAAGAUGCUUCACCAAAGUGUGGCUCAAUGGACGACGCGCUCAGGAGAGAGGUCGGGUAGGUUUCUGACCAUCAUUUAUUGUUUUCCGGCCAAGGAGAGGCUUGUGGUACCACUAGUGAACGUCCCUAAGAAUAAAUGGCAGACUCCAACAUCCCAAGAAUCCUCAACUUCUAAGUUGAUCGUAAAAACGUCGUGAACAUAGACGACAGCAAAUGGAGCAACUCUUGACUGGCUAACAAGGCCGCCUCGAGCAAGGAGAGGGCUAAAAAGAGGGCCUUCCUGUGAGGAGGAAACUUGACUUCGACUAGUAAUUGAGCGAACAUGUGAUGGACAACGACGACAAGCGCACCUUAAACAGGUCGGAGUUCGAUGAUGGAGACGUCAAAAACACUAUUCAAUUUGGCGCUUUCAUGGUAAGCUUGGAUGUUACAAUGCUCACUCUUCCGACCACAUUUAUGGCUGAAAAGACAAUUCCUCAAGUCGAUGAAGUGCUGCAAGCUGAGGUCAUUCAUUUCCUAGAGUCGAUGAGAAAAAAGCGGCCCUCUUAGAAGAGCUCCCAAGGCUGAGGAAUUAAAUAAGAGGAAUGUCCAAAACUUUGUCUUCGAGCAAGUACCAUAGGGAAUGUUUCGGCAUCUUCGCCCUCUAUUCAUCACCGUUCAUAUGAUUAGUGUGCCGGUUCUGAAGGUUAUUGCUGAUAAUGGAGCAAAGGUAAACUUUAUGCUUGCGAGCACCAUGGCCAAGCUCAACCACUCAAAGCAGAAUCUCGUGAAGACGGGAGUGACGAUCACGGACUUCAAAGGAGCUGUGACCCAUGCUUGGGGUGUUCUUUCCAUCUUUAUUCAAGUAGAUUCAAGGGUUAUCGCAUCGGCUUUCUUUGUUGUGGAUGCCUCAGCUAGCUACAAUGCGCUCUUGGGCCGAGAUUGGAUUCAUGCAAUUGAGUGUAUGCCUUCUACAUUAUACUAAAAGCUGAUUCUUUGGAAUUAAAAGGCUCCCGAGGAAGUCUUAGCCGAGCCGAGGUUGUUCUUUAUCAACUCUGUCACGACCCGAAAUUUUAGCAGAGUUUCCCCUAUAUUUUUUCGAUA